AUGGGAAGCAAGAGAGUGGUGGUGGUGGUACAUGAUACAUCAAAGGAGGUAAAUUGGACUGCUAUUAGAGGGGUUGUUCGUAAUUUUAGUCUUGAGGCCGGAGAUGAGCUUAUAUUACUUGGAGUUGUUCACCAAUUUAAUAACUCAACUACUACAUCAGCUUUUUUGAGCACAGUAAAACUUUUGGGACAAAGAAAUAAAGUAGACCAAAAGCUAGUGGAAGAAGAGCUAGUUAAAAGGAUGGAGGAGUAUAAUAAGAGUUUGGAGAUGUUAGUUCUGUUGAAACAAUGUGAAGUUCACAAGGUCAAAUUUCACAUACAAGUUCAAGCUGGAAAUUCACGAAAGGUGGUUGCUGUUAUAGCAAUCAAAAGGGAAAUGAAAAAGGAGAAGAAGUACUUUAUGGAGAAGCUAUCAUGUGGAAUAUCAAAAUUGAAAAGUGACAACUCCAUAGAAGACGUGAGAGGACCGUUAAAAUUAAUGGAGAACACUAAGGUCUCCCUUACUCGAAAUACAUUUUCGUAUGAUGAAAUGAUACCGGGAGAGGAUGAUUCAUCAGAAGAACGUCCUUCUUCGCAGCAAAACUCGAAAGCUGUUUCUCGUACGAGAACCUCAUGCAAAGAACAGGCAAGCAGUAUACCGGGAAACUCACCUUCCCACUUCUCCGAUGACCAAAACCAAAAGCAUGAACAUAUCAAGGACAAUGAAAGAGAGGAGAUAUUCGAUGAUCAAUAUUUGUAUGGCGUAAUAUCCGAGAAAUCUGAAUGUUCCUUUUGUGGGAACAGAAGGCCGAAAAUGAGAUUGCAUAAGGACUUCAGUUAUAAGGAGCUUGAAGAAGCAACAAAAGGAUUUUCCAAUGAGAAUUUUCUAUCAGAAGGCGGAUUUGGUUCUGUUUAUAAAGGGUAUUUGAAUGGACUAAGAGUUGCUGUGAAGCAGCAUAAUGAUAUGAGCCUUCAAGGAGAUAAAGAAUUCAAGUCCGAAGUUGAGGUUCUAAGCAAAGCUAGGCAUCCAAAUUUGGUCAUGUUGUUAGGGUCUUGCUCUGAAGGUAGCCAAAAGUUGCUUGUCUAUGAGUAUGUUUGCUAUGGUUCUCUAGACAAAUUCUUAUCAGGUAAGUUUAUUUAG